AACUCGCGAGCGUUAAUUGGUUUUAAUGCGUUAUAUUUUUAGAAAGAGAAACCGGAGUCGUUCGCGAGUUAAAUUAUUAAUCGUAUAACAAUAUAAUAUACUUUUUAGUAUUAGGGCGGUCAAAUAUUUGUUUUCAUUACAUAAGAUAAAGAGGUUAUCUCCGGUUUUUAGGGUAUCCGCGCUCACUCCAGCAUGACAUGGAGUGAUGUUCAGAGCUCCAUGUUUCGCUCAGUGAUAAAAUGUGCCUCGCGUAGACCGAGUGCGGUUUAAGUUCAAGUGAAAAUGUUCACGAAACGCCUCGAAACUAAUCAAAAACAACCCAAACAACAAUACACUUGGAAAACGUAACUAAGGAUGGUCCCAAUGCUUUACACCCUUUACGGGUUCGCAAUUUUCUUUUUCAUCUACUGGUGCGCCAUGUGGUUAAUUCAUCUCGUUGCUAUCUUUUACGGUAAAUAUAGAUUGCACCAGAAAGUAGUCCAACUAGAUUCAGAAACUCCUUACGCCGGCGUUUCAAUAAUAAAACCAUUAAUGGGAGUAGACCCAAAUUUAUUUUCAAACUUAGAAACAUUCUUCACAAUGACCUAUCCGAAGUAUGAGAUUCUCUUCUGUUUGGAGGACGACACAGAUCCAGCAAUAAUGCUUGUACGCAGCCUGAUGGAGAAAUAUCCAAAAGUGGAUGCAAAAUUAUACCUAGGCGCGGGUUCCGUGGGAGUUAACCCCAAAAUCAACAAUAUGAACAAGGCCUAUGAUGCCGUCAGUUAUGAGUUUGUGCUUAUCUCAGACAGCGGGAUUAGAAUGAAAGAGGAUACUUUGCAAGAUAUGAUGCGUUAUAUGUCCGAAAAUACCGCUUUAGUUCAUCAAAUGCCAUUUACAAGUGAUCGGGAUGGUUUCGCUGGAACGUUGGAGAAAAUCUACUUUGGGACAGCUCAAUCACGCAUAUACUUAGCAGCUGACUUCAUAAACAUAAACUGCCACACAGGAAUGUCUGCGUUAAUCCGUAAAUCUGUGCUGGAUGAAGAUGGCGGCUUGAAAACGUUUGGUUGCUAUCUCGCCGAAGAUUUCUUCAUGGCCAAGGCCUUAAAAGAUAAAGGAUGGAAAAUGCGGAUUUGCAGUCAACCAGCUUUGCAAAACUCCGGAAUUUGUGAUGUCAAUAGUUUUCAAGCUCGUCUUACAAGAUGGGCAAAACUACGUGUUGCAAUGCUACCUCUAAUAGUAAUCAUGGAACCACUUUCGGAGUGUAUGGUAAUAGGGUUAGGUGCCGCAUGGGCUGUUAAUGUCCUGUUCAAGUGGGACGUCUUAGGAUUUUACUUAAUCCACAUUCUUAUGUGGUUCAUCUGUGAUUGGAUAUUAUUAUCAAUCGUUCAGAAUGGCUCAUUACCUUUUAAUAAAUUCGAUUUCGUUGUCGCGUGGUUAUUCAGAGAGUGUUCAGGCCCGUACUUGUUUCUGCAUGCAAUAUUCGACCCGGAAAUAAAAUGGCGAUCGAGGAUUUAUAAGUUGGCGUGGGGUGGUGUGGCGCAAGAGAUCAAGCCGCGGAUAAAGUUUUGACAUUUGGCAUUUUAGAUGGGGUACCAAGCGACGGAGGCCGCGUGUGUUUGUAAAUAGCCGGAAGCCGGAACCUUCCUACAAAUUUUUCCAAUCUUCGGAUUAGAUAUAAAAAAAAUACAUAUCGUCUGUAGGCGUAGUAAUUUUACAUUUACAUUCGUCAUAAUUGUAUAAGCGUAGAAUGUAACUAACUAUUGAUGUCAUUUUGAGAUCACUAGCUCUUUAUUUAUUGCUCCUUUUUCCUCCCUCUCCCUUUGUGAUAUAAUUUAAAUGUACGUAUACCGGCACAUUAUCUUUAUAUAUUCUUCUAAUUAAUUUUACGUAGCUCCAAGAACAAAAAGAAAAAUGCUAUACGUUACAGUUUUGCAAUCUUACGCGUGCACACUCAAAAUUCUCGAUCUGAACGUAUUUUAGUCAAUUUUGUGAUAAGUGACGGAACGAAACGAAUGCCCUGAAUAAAAUAAUGGGGUAAUUUUGAUACGUUCCACCGCGAAAAUUAAAAAAGAAGAAGAAUAAUGUACAAUUAAUUAAACAAAUUAGUACCGUCUUUAGAUAUAUACAUAAUAAAUAUAUAUAUUUCCUAAACUUAACGCCUAAUUAUAGCUACCACUUACAUUUUGUCCUCGUAAUACUCAAACUGAGUACGAACCGAGGAAUCAUUUGCAUACCUUCAUACAUUACGAAGUCGUUAUAUACGAUAUAUUUAAUAUACGAUCGAUUAUUGCGCAUUAUUAUAACUUUAUACCAACAUUUUUUGUCGAAAUUUCGUCGCUAUCGUUCUUGUCGAAACGCUAUUAUAUACGAGAGACUGUUUUUUCGCGAAGCCAUUGCGUUUUAUUAUUAAUUAUUCGUUUCCAUUUGUAAUAAAGUAUUUUACAUAAAAA